ACAAAAAUUCAAGCAAUAAUGUUCAAUGAUAUUGUUGAUCAAUUAGUUGACACAUUGGUUAUAGGAAUGACUUAUUUCAUAUUUGAUGCAACUGUCAAAAGAGUCAAUCCAAAGUUCACAAAUGUAAAUAAAGAACAUGAAUUGACUCUAAACAACAAUACAAAAAUUGAAGAAGCUGAUGUCCACUUAAAUGUAGAAAAGUCAAGAUAUCAAUUCAUCAAGAUCAAUGAAUUGAAAUGGGACAUUGAUAAGAGUAAUAAAUUAUUAGAUAUUAUUGGAAUUCUUGUAGAGGUACAAAAUGUGUUCUCCAUAACAACAACGAAAGGCGUGAAAACGAAUAAGAGAGAAAUUAAAAUAAUCGACAAAGAAUCUGCUCCAGUAAUGCUCACGUUAUGGGACAAUUAUGCAAUAAAUGAAGGAAGCAAAUUGAUGGAUAUUAUAGGAGAAAAUCCUGUGAUUGCUUUUUCAUCAAUUAAACAGAUAGACUACCAAGGUGGCUCACUUGGUACAACAGCAUUUACAACAAUUGAUAUAAAUCCAAUGAUCACAGAAGUGGAUGAAUUAAAAAAAUGGUUCACAUUAAAAAAUGGAUCGAAGAAAAUACUUCUCAAAGCUUCUAACGAAGAUAAAUACAAGAAAGUUGAACGGAUUGAAAUGAAAGAUUUAAUGGACAAAGAAUAUAAAACAAUCCUGAAUCAAUAUUAUUAUUUUGAAGGAAAUAUUGUAAAUCUGGAGAAUGAAAAGCUAUGGUACAAUGCAUGCAAAACAUGCAAAAAAAAGGUACAAUUAAAGGGAGAUCAUGCAACAUGUGACAAAUGUCAAAAUGAUGAUACAGAAUAUACACAGAAGUACUUCGGAAAAUUCAAGAUCAAAGACUCAACUGAAAUAAUAACUGUGACAAUCUUUGAGGAACUUGAAACACUUAUAGGAUGUUCAGCAAUUGAAUAUGCAAUAUCAUCAGAAAAGUACAAACAAAAAUUGGAUGUGUGCCUAUCAAAGAACUAUUAUUUCUACUUCAAAAUGGAUUCAAAAAAUGAAGGAAGUCGAAAAUCAAGAAGCAUUGUUAUCGAUACUAUGAAAGAACGAAAUGCGCAAAAAAGAAGCAUCAUAGAUGUUGAGGACGAUGAAGACAAAAAAGGAAAAAAAAUUAAAAUAGAAAAAGAUUAAGCAAUACCAUUUGAUCUUUAGCCCAAAACAAUUAUUAUUUGUUGCAGCAAAUAUUCAUGGGCUUCUUCAAAUAAUUUAAAAUUUUAAACUUAUGUUACAAAUGUAGGAGAUUUAGAUACUCUAUUUCAA